GCCGCCGGAGGCUCGCGACCGGUUCCUCUUUACAUAACGGCGCGGGGCGGCAUGGGCUCGGGCCGUCGCCUCCGCCUGGCCGUCAGCCCGCCCAGACUGUCACCGGCCACGGGGUCCAUAGCGGCGGCGGCGGCGGCGGCGGCGGCAGCAGCAGCAGCACCGUCCCGGUGGCGGCCCGGGGCCGCGUCCCCCGGCUGCUGUCAGGCGCUGGUGGCGGAAAUGAGGCGCUGGCCGUUUUCCGAGCCGGGGUUUCCUGCCUGAGCGUCGAGAGGCCGUACGACGCCAUGGGCCGGCCGGGCCUCGACCCGCAGCUUGCGCGCUCGGCCGCCCCGCCUCGCUCUCCGCCAUGAACGGGCCCACCGUGCAGCCGUCCCGCACGUCCUCGGCACCCGCGUCGCCCGCAUCCCCGCGCGGCUGGAGCGACUUCUGCGAGCGGCACGCAGCGGCCGCGGCGCGAGAGCUGGCCCACCAGUACUGGCUGUUCGCGCGCGCGCACCCACAGCCGCCCCGCGCCGACCUAGUGUCGCUGCAGUUCGCUGAGCUCUUCCAGCGCCACUUCUGCCGGGAGGUACGAGAGGGUCUCGCGGGGCCGCCAGGUCGCGACUACCGCGCCACUGCCCCGCCCCGCCCGGCGCUGCCCAAAGCGCGCAGCUCCGAGGACCUGGGCCCGCGGCCCUCCUGCGCCCUGCAGCACCUGCGCCGCGGCCUGCGCCAGCUCUUCCGCCGCCGCUCAGCUGGGGAGCUGCCAGGGGCUGCCAGCGACACCAACGACACCGACAAUGACACCUCCGCCUCCACCAGGCCGGGUUCCACCCGCAAGCUGCUACCCUGGAGUCUUCGGGAGCCGUCGGCCGAGGCACUCAAGGAGGCGGCGCUGCGCUACAGCCUGGCAGAUGAGGCGGCCAUGGACAGCGGGGCGAGCUGGCAGCGGGGUCGCCUGGUGCUGCGGGCCCCAGGUCCAGGCCAUGGCCGCCUGCUGCAGCUCUUCGAUCCCCCCAAGAGCUCAAAGCCCAAGCUCCAAGAGGCCUGCUCCAGCAUCCGGGAGGUCCGUCCGUGCACUCGCUUGGAGAUGCCCGACAACCUCUACACCUUUGUGCUGAAGGUGCAGGACCAGACAGACAUCAUCUUUGAGGUGGGAGACGAACAGCAGCUGAACUCAUGGCUGGCAGAGCUCAGGGCAAGCACAGGCCAAGGGUUGGAGCAUAUGGACACAGAGUUACCCCUUUCCUUAGUGGCAGAGCCUGUCUCAGCCAGCUCCCCAAGGGGAAGCACAGACUCCCUAGAUCAAGGUGCUUCACCUGGAGCGGCGAUGCUGGACCCAGCCUGCCAGAAAACAGAUCAUUUCCUGUCCUGCUACCCCUGGUUCCAUGGCCCUAUCUCCAGAGUGAGGGCUGCACAGCUGGUUCAGCUGCAGGGCCCUGAUGCCCAUGGCGUGUUCCUCGUGCGGCAGAGCGAGUCCCGGAGAGGGGAAUAUGUGCUCACAUUCAACUUACAGGGCAGAGCCAAGCACCUCCGCCUGGUGCUUACAGAGCGUGGACAGUGUCGUGUGCAGCACCUGCACUUCCCCUCGGUGGUAGACAUGCUCCGCCACUUCCAGCGUUCCCCCAUCCCGCUUGAGAGUGGGGCAGCCUGUGAUGUCCGACUCUCUGGCUAUGUGGUAGUUGUGUCCCAGGCACCAGGUUCCUCCAACACUGUCCUCUUCCCUUUCUCCCUUCCUCACUGGGACUCGGAGCUGGGUCUUGCCCCUCUCAGCUCUGCUGGCUGUCCUCCCGGCCUUGGCGCAGAGGCUCUCCCUGGCCGAGUGACACCCCCGGAGCAGAUCUUCCACCUGGUGCCUUCUCCUGAGGAACUGGCCAACAGUCUGAGGCACCUGGAGCUGGAGCCUGUAAGCAGCACCCGGGACUCGGACUAUGAGAUGGACUCCUCUUCACGGAGCCACCUUCGGGCCAUCGACAACCAGUACACCCCUCUCUCACAGCUGUGCAGAGACGUAAACUUGUGAAUGUAACCAUCUUCCUUCCCUCCAGAGAGCUACCGGCUGCUGUCAGCCUUCCCCAGCUCUGAUGUGCCCCUCUACCAGGCUGUCACAGGCUUCCUGUCAGCCGCAGCUAGCCCCUGGCUUUCUCCCACUGUUUACAGAUGUACUUCUUGUGCACAGGUGCCACUAGCUGGUACCCUAUGCCCUGUCCCCAUCCCGGAGUGGAGAGAAGGGCUGCAGGCCCAGAGCUGGCAGUGGAAACUGACAGAGCUGAUGACAGACUUCUUACCAUAGGGUCAUCGGGAAGCACAAAACACUAACAGUCCCUGGAUUUUCACAUGGUUUCCUUCCCUGUAGCUCCAGUUCCUUGGCAAGUCCACAUUCCAUGCCACAGGUGAUGGAUGCUUCAUAAUCCUGCUACUCUUAGCUUUAGGACAGAAGCUGUGCUAGAGGGACAAGCUUAAAGAUCAAAAAUGAUUUUAAACAUUUUACCUCAGAUUAAUUUUAAAAAACGGAUUCAGGUUUCCAUUUAAAAUUACAGCUUACUUCACGGCACUGCCCUACUAGGACCCGUGCCACACUCAAGUCAGAGGCAGCUAAGCACGCCUGCUUCUCUCGCCCUGAGCAAAGCUAGCACGCUGGUGUCUCUGUAUGCUCAUCCUCAGGACAGUCGCCUGCUAUGGGGUAGCCACUAUCCUCCCUAAUGUAGAGAGAAUGAAGUGUGUCACCCUUUCAGGGAAAUCUAGGCAGCUUGCAGAGAGAGAAGGGUGGCAAGGGACAUCCUCCUACCCCAGUGCCUUAUGCAAAAAAAAAGAGAGAGAGAGAGAGAGAAGGACUGGUUUACAGCAGCUUUACAGAGGAUGGGAUGAACAGGCAGGGGAUAGACAAGCACAGAUGGAAGGGCUCCUAGGUUUGUGUAGUGAACUCACGUUUAUAGCUUGCCUCUGCCCCAGGCAUCUAGUGGCUUACUUGGCUCGAUCGUGAGCCAAAAGGGGAGCUGACACCAUACUAUGAAGAAACUCCUGAAAUAUUUCACUGUAAGUGUUUCUGUCCCACGUGGCAGCACGGUCACUGGUGGGAGAAUAUGCUCUUGAACUACAGUCUCUCCAUCUAGAUGGGGCCUAUACUGGUCUGAUCUUUUCUAACUGAUGCAGUUCAUGGGGACUGGAGUGGGCUGCUCAUGGGCACAAACAGUGCCAGUUGGUAUAGCCCUUAGGAUUCAAGGGAAUCAACUUAAUUCUGGGACAUGUUCAUUAGAGGCAAAAGACGCCGAUGCCCUGCUGAUAACCAACAGCACUGGCCCCUCAUCUGGCUACUCUGUACUUUGCAAGCAAGCGCUUGUGUGGCCCUUAGUGGGUGGAGAAGCAGCCAGCUGUACCUCACCUUGGAACAGCCACUGUUGUGCUCAUGGACCAAGGCAGGUCUAACACAGGUGCAGAAUUGUGUUCCAUCUUUAAAAAAAAAAAAAACAAACAAACAACAAACUAGCUUUCCUUUAUUUCCCACAAAGUAUGAACCAAAGAUAUAAGCAAUAUUCAGUCACUGGUCCAGUCUUGUCUCUGAUCUGUGCCAGAGAAAAGGGGCUGAUUGCACAGACUCUGCCAGACACUAUAAACCAGCACCUCUGUCCCACAGCGCUGGAACUCAAGCUCCAUGGCUGGAACUCAAGCUCCAUGUGGACGGCUUUCUUUUUAAAGGUAUCCAAGGUAUCAGAGAAAUUUAAGCAUAUUAUGACAAAAAAUACUCUCCUGACUCUGUGACAGAGUGACAUUAAGCCAACACCUUUUCUUUUCUGCUAGAGGAGGUCUAGUUGGCUGAAGGGAAACAGGCUAAGACACACACACUGUCAACAGCAGAUACCAUCUCCAGCCCCAGCAGUCCUUACUGGCCACCAGUGGCAGGCAAGGCCACACUAGGCAGGAAGUGUCAGUUGAUCCCAUAGAGACUUAAGUGUAGCUCAGCAGUCUCUGCACCCUUGCUUCCGUCUCCUGACUCCUCAAGUACAAACUAAUAGUCACCAGCACAAAGAAUUAGGUCAACUAACCUGCCCUGACUUUAGACCAGCAAUCCAUAUGGCUUUCUCUGUAUAAAUCUUCUGCCUUUGAUCAUUUCUGGACUGUGUAGGAAAAAGGAACAGUGAUCAUUACAAUUUUGGGCCAGACAACACUAUUUUUACCUAAGUUUCUUAACCUAAAUUAAGGCUUCACCUCUUUCCUGAGGGCUCCAUCUUGUGUUCAAAUGUUACCUUGGUGCAAACACCAAGUGACAAGACUGUCAUCCACUGCCCCCAAAGGAAAAUACAUCUAACAGCAUGCGGCUGGAGUAAGCAGCACUGGGACAAUAGGAAGAGGGGAUUUCAUCUAUCAUAUCAGAAGGUAUUUGGCAAGCUUUUGUUUUAUGUACUGUAUGAGUAACUUAUUCUUGAAUAAUGCAAAUUUUGCUACAAUGUACAAAUUGCUAAACGUGAAUUAAAAAGGUUUUCAGAAUUAUGA